AUGGCCUACAACAGACCAUACAACCCUGACGAGCUUCCCAGGUUCGCAGAGCCCGAGAACGUAAGAAUUCCUUCGAUGAAGCUGCGCUUCAUUUCGCCUCCUACCGAUAGCAGGCCACCCCCGUCCCCAGACGUGACCCAAUCCGGCGCAGCGGAUCCCAAACUGCUUCCCCUUUUCCGCGCCGUAGACAAGGAUGGGACUGGACAUCUAUCGGAAGCCGAGCUCAGCGCUGCUCUCGUCAACGGCGACUGGUCAUCCUUUGACCCCCAGACCGUCCGGAUGAUGAUCCGCAUGUUCGAUGCUGAUCGCUCUGGCACCAUCGGCUUCGAGGAGUUUUGCGGCCUUUGGUCAUUCCUCGCCUCGUGGCGUACCCUCUUCGAUCGCUUCGACGUCGACCGCUCUGGAAACAUCUCGCUUCCCGAGUUCACAAAUGCCCUUGUCGCAUUUCGGUAUCGCCUGACCCCAGGAUUCGUGGAAUUGCUCUUCCGGACAUAUGAUAAGCGCAACGAAGGUGUGAUGAGCUUCGAUCUCUUUGUUCAAGCCUGCAUCUCGCUUAAGAGGAUGACGGACGUGUUCAAGAAGUAUGAUGAUGACAGGGACGGUUACAUCACCCUUAGUUUUGAAGAUUUCUUGAGCGAGAUUCUCAAGCAGAUGAAAUAG